GAUUGGGAAGACUGCUUCAAGGUGGCUUCUACAUUGUAUGACCAAGCUCGAAAACGAGCGGUUUAUCAGCAUGCGGAUUACAAAUCGUCACCAUGAGCACAUCACGACCGGGGUUGCGGAGAACUAUAAAGACUUUCAACUUCUUCUCUCCUCAGUGACCCAGACAUUCUUCAGGAUCCAAUCUAUAGCUUCCUAACCUUCACUCAAUCUAUUCUUGCCACUGCCGACAUGUGCCAAAACGAUGUUGAACUCAACGGCUGGACCAGCGUUCCCGUCAACGCUGGUGCCAUCUUCAAGGACCAGCCUUUCAUCACCGCACCUGCCCCUCUCUCCAUCGACGAGAUCAAGUUUCCUUCCGACGAUCCCGUCGUGGCAAAGACUCAGGAGUAUGCUCAGGCCGUUCUCCAUCCGCAGACCUUCAAUCACUCGAUGAGAGUGUUCUACUACGGAAUGGCCAUCGCCAAACAACAGUUCCCCAAGCAAGCCGCGACUUUCAGUCCUGCUACCUGGGCUUUGCUCUGUCUUCUACACGAUCUCGGUACAGCCGAGGAGAACCUGACGGCCACCCGGAUGUCCUUCGAUCUCUACGGAGGCAUCAAAGCUCUGCAGGUCCUCAAGGACUUCGGCGCCACGACUGACCAGGCCGAGGCAGUCGCCGAAGGGAUCAUCAGACACCAGGACAUGGGGGUAGACGGGACCAUCACCUUCUUCGGGCAGCUCAUCCAGUUGGCGACCCUCUACGACAAUGUGGGGGACCACCCUCACGUCAAGAACUUCAGCACGAUCCUCCACGAUACCACUCGGGAGGAGGUCAAUCAGGCGCACCCGCGACAGCGCUGGUGCUCGUUCUUUGCGGAUGUCAUCCGUAAGGAGGAGACCAUCAAGCCUUGGUGCCAUUCCACGCAUAUUGUGGAGUUUGACAGUCAGGUCGAGGGGAACUCUCUGAUGAAGAAGUGGGAGUGAGCAUUUCGGACAAUGUCGUUUGAUGUCUGCACGAAAGCUAUGGUUUAUUCGCUUGCAUAAAUGUCAUCUACAUAAGUGUUCAAUUGUUAAUCCACCUGCUUCAAUUCUGCGCAUGUCAUGUUCCACUGGUGACCAGAUCGGGCCGAUUCAUUCAAAAUGAGGCGAUAUUUCACGAUCGACUCGAUGGUGGCUGCAGCGCAGGUCUAACGCGCAGGCGA